AUGUACACCUCGCUCAGCCCUUUUGUUCUAAUUGCUCUUAUAUUCUCUACGGUCCUUGCGGCCCCUCUUAACAUUAACAUGGGCAACUUUUCUCCUGCUCUGGUAGUCGGUGAUGGAGCGAUCGCAUUCGAUGUACCUGAGACAGGGGCUAAAGCAGUUGAAGCAGCAGAUGUGUCGAGUAUAAUUGACGCCAAAACCGCUGGCACAGGCGAAUUCCAACCGCUCCAGGCAGGUGUGGAAGGAAUAGGACGCAAAGUUGUCCCUCAAUCGGUGCGCUCUUUGUCAAAUCUCUACCUAAUAAAAGCUGAAGCUAACACAUUCUAA